UAUGUGCCUUCUUUUAGCUACCUCUUAAUCUAGGAUAAGUGUUUGUCCAGUCUACCGGUACUGUCUGGGCCGCCUUGUGAAGUUUGCUCCCUGACUACCUCCCCAAGCUCCCGUCCUAGUUCUCCCAUAGCACCAGAGAAAAACUAGAACUAGAACUAGUCUAGCAAUGGUGACCAGGUGGGGGAUCCGAACCCACGCCGAAAAAGUCCGUCGGGAUGUCGAAACUCAGCCGCAACAGCAAGCUGGCGCAGUGGCGUUCGGACUAUGUGGGACUGUGCUUCAUACAAGGUGUAGAAUGGCAAGGUCCCGACCCUGUCAAAACUGCAAAGAAGCAUGUGCCAAUGGCUGGAUCGCAAUCUGUAAAUGACGAUAUUCAAAAGGCCGAGCGGUUUGACAAAGACGCCGUCUGGUAG